AUGGCCCAUACGACACCGGAAGAGUGGCAGGACCUGUGGCGAGGACCAAGUGAACCGUUGCAAUAUACAGCGAGUUUAGUUUACAAGGCAAAGUCGAUUGAGGAGCUAAAACACAUUGCCACUGAAAAGCAGUUUUUCUGCAGCCCAAUAAAACUGUCAAAACUUUUUCGUCCUAUUGCUCUAUUGAAUGCACUACGGCAGUAUACAGCUCGUAAGAAGAAGAUGAGUAUAGACGAUUUGCAAAUGCAAAAUUCUUGGUCUUCUAACAUCUUAAAAGCAGACGUGGUGCUUACUGUUACCGACAUAUUCAUACAGGGAGCACUUUUUGAACGAGAGAUAAUUCCGACGCGCAGUUCAUCUCCGGCUUUUUCUUAUGCACCAAAUCUAUUUAUCGCGUGGAUGCCUUUUGACGCAGUUUCUCCUUAUAGCCUCUCAGAGUCAAUCAUGUUACCAUUAUAUACCAAUCCUGACCGUCGAGAGUUGGUUGCUGAGCUUUGCGUCCCGUGCAAAAAUGCAGCUAUUUGGCAAACAGCCUCUGUCGCAUUAUUUCUAGCAUCUGCUUAA